AUGGAGCAAUUCCAACUUUUAGACGAACAUGUGUCGAACCUCAUCCUCCGCUUUGGCUUCCUUGAUGUUGAGGAUUUACCAUUCGCCACUGCCGAGGAGUACGACAAAGCGCCCAUCGACAUCCACACCCAAACCCACCAAGAGCAGCAGCAGCAGUACCGGCUCGACCUGUGCCUCGUCGACCCCCGCCGCUUACAGAGCCUGAGCCAGAAGACCCCAACCCCGGCGCCUACAUUGACUGGCAGGAGCGCAACCGCAUUCUCGCAGACAGCCCGGUCGAGCCUGACGACGGAGCCGAAGAAGGCGGGGAGGACUGUAUCAUUUGCUCCGGCGGCCGUGAGCCCAAGUUACAACUCCCGUGCGGAUGCUGGUUCUGCGCGCCCUGUCUCAGGGGUUGCAUCCGCGCUGGCUUGA